AUGUCAGAUCGAGUUGCAGAAUUUAUUCAAAUCACCAAUUCAACUAAAUACUUAGCUGAACAAUAUUUACAAAGGAAUAAUAAUGAUUUAGUUGAAGCUGUUGAAGAUUUUUAUGCAAAUAAUGGUCACGAAUCAAAAAAACCAAGGAAAUCUGGUGUUAAUACAUUCAGAGAUUUAAAUGAUGAUGAUGAAUCAGAAGAUGACAAAACAAAUACCAAUUUCUUUACAGGAGGAGAAAAAUCAGGAUUACAAGUUGAAGAUCCAAAUAAAGAUAGAGAUCAAAAUAUAAUUGAACAGAUUUUCCAAAAGGCAAAAGAACAAAUGCAACAACCAGAUGAUAGACCAAGUGCAAGAAAUCAAGAAAAACCAAUGAAAUUUUCAGGUACUGGGUUCAAAUUAGGUGACGGACAAGUUGAGAGUGAAGUAAUUGAAGAUCCAGAUAGGCCAAAUUUCAAACCAACAAAAGUUAAUAGAGAAAUUACAUUUUGGAGACAGGGUUUUACUGUUGGUGAUGGUCCAUUACAUAGAUAUGACGAUCCAAGAAAUGCUACAAUUUUACAAGAAUUAAAUCAGGGGAGAGUUCCAAUGAGUAUAUUAGAUGUUGAAUUUGGUCAAGAUGUUGAUGUUUCUGUUUUUAAAAAAACUGAUGAAGAUUGGACACCACCAAAAAGAAAAUUAGGAGGUUAUCAUGGUCCAGGUCAAAGAUUAGGAUCUCCAGUACCUGGUGAACCAAUUGUAACUGAAAAAGUUGAAAAAUCUGAAAAUAAACCAAAUGAAAGUGAUGGUGAUACACUAGUUCAAAUUAGAUUUGCCAAUGGUAAAAGAAUCACUCAAAAAUUUAAUUCAACUGAUACAAUUGCAUCAGUUUAUAAAUUUGUUAGAAAUCAUGAAAAUAAUGUUGGAGGUAGAGAAUUUAUAUUAAGUCAUGCAAUUCCUGUUAAACCAAUCGAAGAAGAUGAUACUACAGUUGGUGAUGCUAAAUUGAAAAAUGCAGUUAUUGUACAAAGAUGGAAGUAG